UUCCCGGUGUCCGCAGAGUCUGUUCUGAGACAUGGGAUAAAACGUGCAGCUCUCAGUGUAGGAAGAGGAGGCUCUAUAAUGAUGCUCACCACAUGCCUGUCUCCAGCAGUGCACAAGAUGGUGUGUCAGCUUGGGUGUGAGAUCAAGGAUAGUAUAGAGAUUUUAGAUAUUGUGGACAAGGACAAUCAAGUGUGCUGGGAUGCAAUAUCUAGCAAAGUGUGUUAUGCACCUUCAGGAAAAGGGCUGGAUUAUUUUGAAAGUGUCAGGCAGUUUGGGCCCCUAUGUGAAGCUGUGCAUUCAUAUUUCUUAUCCUUGCCAAAUGAGAAGUUUGAAGAAGCAUUUAGACAGUACUUCCACUGGACAAACAAUAAAGAGUUGUUUCUCAGUGUACCUACCAUACUAAAAGGCAUGAUUGGAACAAAGACUUCCCUACUGUUGAUGAAGAUGACAUCUUGUUUAGAGCGUGCUCUGGGAGAUGUUUAUUUAACAGUUGGAAAAGACUGCCCCUUUUUGCUGAGAGACCUUCUUGCAUCAGAAGAGCUAGCAACAAUCUUUGGUAAAUCUGUUAUGGAUGUCCUGAGGAUAUUUAUUGGUUCUCCAGAAAGUUUGAACCUCCGUAACAUCUUAUGGCAUGGAUUUGCUUCGCCUCAUGAAAUUCCUCCUAAGUAUUGUUCUGUGCUCCUGCUGUUUACAGGAGCCCUGGGACAGAUCCUGCAGGCUCGUCACUGUAACUCUGGAACAUUACUUGUCCACCGCCCUUACUUCAUG